AUGACUGGCUUUCAGCAGGUUCCAUUUCAGGACUUUCAGCUUCCACCAGAUGAUCUUCUUGCUUCUGACUGCACUCAUUCAUCAUUUUCUCAUCUGGGUUCUUGUAAUUUCAUUGACCCAUUUCUACCAGAUGACCCUUUUCAUUACUCACACCAGUCCUCCUUCCCACCUGAAAUUUUGGAACUUGAGUGCUCCUUUCAAUACCCAAAGCGCCAGAGGACCAUCCACACAAAUUACUACCAGCCUCAUGUGGAGCAGCCAAGUGAUUUCUUUAACGGGUAUGUGCCAAAUCCCAGUUCAGUACCACUCCCAGAACUUUUCUCCCUGCAUGAACUUCCACCUCCCCCACCAUUGAUGGAUCUUCAGGUUCCUGCAGUACCUUCUUUUUUUGAUACUGGGAAAGUGGUUGGUGGUGAUGAUGAUGAUGACGAUCAGAACGUGAAGAAAGCAGGUAAUGGAGUGAGUUUGUCUGCCCAGAGCAUUGCUGCUCGUGAGAGAAGAAGGAAGAUAACUGAGAAGACACAGAAGCUUGCUAAGCUGAUUCCUGGUGGUCACAAGAUGAACACUGCUGAGAUGUUUCAAGCUGCUUCCAAGUAUGUAAAAUACUUGCAGGCCCAAGUUGGUGUGCUUCAACUCCUGUCUUCACUUCCUCAGGAGGAAUUAAAGCAUGGAAAAGAGCUUCAAGUUCUGCUUUCAUCUCCAACAAUUCAUGAGAAGUUAUACUGGAAAGAUAAGUGUUUGGUUCCAAGAAAACUUGUCGAGGCCUUAUCAGAUGAUCAUCACAUCCGAAAAAUGGAUACCAUCAACGACGAAAUCGAUAAGGUGCUGCAAAAUCCAACAUGUAGCAGCCAUGAAUGA